GUGGUGGGUCUGGAGAACCUGGCCUAAGGAGGGGCUGGUGACGCUCAACCCCACCUCCAGGGAGAUCUUGAGGAAGGCCCUUCAGGUCAGGAGGCAGCCACAGCCCCCCACCCAGCACCCGCCUGAGGCUUGGGGUAGGAGCGGACAGCCUGGGAGGAGAGCCUGGGAACCGGUCUGCCAACCAGUUUAACCAGGGACUGGUUUCGACUCCGGAGUUCAAAGGAGCUGGGUGCACCCCGUCCCUCCCAGCCAAUGGGAGCAGCGGCCCUUAACCCUUCCCCGACUGUGCCCCGGGGCAACGUCCAGGCGGCAGUUCAUUCUGGGGAAGGGUCUGAUCUCUUUGGGGCAUGAAAUGGGUGGGGGUGACCUUGGUUAUUGUUGGGGGUUGCCAACAGGCACCUGAGAGUGGGGAAACUGAGGAGAGAGGCUCCUGUGUUCUCCCCACCUCAGACUUCUCUCAGGAUUGCCUCCUCCUGGCUGGGCGGUCCCUGGAGGACCCUGGCUUCUGGGUGGGUGCGGGGGGUGCUGGGGUUGGAUUUCUGGGGUGAUGAAUAUUCAUCAGGCAAGCCAGCCUCUGCUUCUGUUUACUCAGCCGGGAAGGGCUGGGUUUCAGGUUCACCUUGACUCCUGGAGCUGCAGCGCCGCUGAGCAGGUACCCGCUCCUGCACCUGUUUCUCUCUCACCUGCCGCACAGCUGCUCCUACUCAGCUCUCCUGGCCUGAGCCUUGCCUGGCGUGGCACCCCGGAGGCACCCCUACCUCCCUCAGCCUCCCUCGGGGCAGCUCCUCCACUCAGCUCCUUCUCUAGGGAAGCUCUCGCCUUCAGCCCGGAGCGAUCGGGAUCACAGAAAGGCCCACCCUCGGGUGUGAGAGCACCAUGACCGAAGUUGGUUGGUGGAAGCUGACUUUCCUCCGGAAAAAGAAAUCCACUCCCAAGGUGCUGUAUGAGAUCCCUGACACCUACACCCAAACUGAGGGCGGUGCAGAGCCCCCAAGGCCUGACGGCGGGGGCCCCAACAGCAACUUUAACACCCGCCUGGAGAAGAUUGUGGACAAGAACACGAAGGGCAAGCACGUCAAAGUCUCCAAUUCGGGCCGCUUCAAGGAGAAGAAAAAGGUCCGAGCCACGCUGGCAGAGAACCCCAACCUCUUUGAUGACAGGGAGGGCAAAGGACAGUGAAGGGGGCCAAGCAGGACGCUAGCACCUCCCCACUCCCUGCCAUCAGCCGGAUCUGAGACGGGAGCUCGCCACGCUGGCCUCUUUGGCCACAGCUGAAGCCUCGGCGGCAGUCGAUGCCUGCUGGCAGGAAACGUCUGGUUUUAGGUUUGUAUUUAUGUGCUCCAGCUUUCUGGAAGGCCUGAGAGAUCCCAGGUCCUCCCGCCCUGCCCCACCACACACAAAGGCACUCCAGUUCAAGGAUGAAAAGUCCCACUCAGGAAGGACAGCCCUCCUCGAAGAGGUGGAAGCACCAGAAGGGAGGUGGGCGUGGAAGGAAUGGAACAGGGAGCUGGACAGACCUCACCCCCUCCUGGGACACAGGGUCAAGGGUGAGUUUGAAUUGCUGCUCCCUCUACUUUCUCUACCUGUGAUUAUUCUCUGGAUCGAUUCUGAGAGUGCAUUUUCCAGAAGCCACGUGAUGCGGGGUGGCUUCCUGGAGCUGAGGCGGAGAUGCUGAACUUGAGCUCACCUCCUAACUCAGGUGGGAAGCUUCCUGGAACUCUGCCCCCAGGUGCAGGGGGAGGGCAACCCUGGCACUCCCUAGGCGGUGCUGCAGAAGGCCAGAUUAGGGACCCCACGGGUUUCUGCACAUACCCUCAAAGGAAAGCUACACUGCCCCGCGGGUCCAAACUCAGAAAGGGGGUGGGAGGCUCUGACAGGAGCCCUCCUCCCCCUACUAGUAUUUAAGAUGGAUCAGCCUCAGAGGUGAGUCCUGCAGCCUUGAAUUUUGUUUAAAAAAAUCCUCGUAGGUUUCCCUUUGUGUAAUAAACAAUGCUGCAGAAGCAGAGAACCUGUU